UUGUUGUUGCAAACGGAACAAACGUCAAAAUAAAGUGAAUCGAAAAGUACACUGAAUCUUUGUCCACAGAGGAAUUAUGGCUUCCACAAGUAAGCAAGAACAACAGGAAACAUCGUCAGGAUCAAGUUUAUUAGACGAGGUAGUUUGCAUGACGUGGGGUCCGGAGCUUAAAGAAGAUGUAUUUGCAAGAUGGGGUCAAGGAUUUGCAUUCAGUGAACAUGAACCUUCAGCUUUAUUACAGCAUGAAGGAGGACCGUGUGCUGUUAUUGCUCCAUUACAAGCGUUCAUCCUAAAGGCUCUUCUAUUCCAAGGAGAACCACCAGUGGAAUGGAGAAACCUCAAUGGAGAUCAGUGCCGUGCUCUCCUCCUGGCGGCCAUGACAGAAGUGCUUCAGACGGUCAGUAGCGGGGGAGGAUACUACCUGGUCUUGAAGAACGAUAAACAAGACGCCAUCUUGGAAGAGGGGGCUGUUAUCGAGAAUGUCGUUGAGGCAGCUCAGGGCGAGUUGCACAACCAUAGAAUAUUCCACUCUAAUUUGAGGUUACAACCGUUUGAUUCUAUUGAAGAAGUCAACAGAGGUUUAGAAUCAUCGCACGAAAUGUUCCUUGCCGAUUCGGGUCUUCUGUUGUUUCUAUAUUCUGUACUGUUAACCAAGGGUUUAGAUAAAAUCAGACAGGAGGUUGAAGAUACCACGGAGCCACUCAUUGAUGGCAUCUAUGGACACGGAAGUCAAAGUCUGAUCAACCUCAUGCUCACGGGUAGCGCAGUAUCACAUGUAUUCGAUGACGAGAAGGAGGUUGAUGGUUUGAAAAUGAGGGGAAUCACCAGGCAGACAAACGUCGGGUUCCUAACGCUUCUAGAAAACUUAAGAUAUUGUGAGGUUGGAUCUUUCUUAAAGAACCCAAGGCAACCUAUUUGGGUGUUAGGGAGUGAGACACACCUUACAGUAUUGUUUACUCAGGAGGCCUCUUUAGUUGCGGAGGAAACUGAGUGGGAGAAAGCACAUAGGAUAUUUAGUAUGUAUGACACAGAGUGUAGCGGCUUCAUCACAACUAUCAUGCUGAAAGAGGUAUUGGACGCCCUUGAACUUGCCACCAUACCAGAAUAUAUUGACUUUGUCAAACAGCGUCUGGACCCAGAUGACUUUGGUGUUAUUCUUCUCAACUCCUUCAUGACAGAAUUCUUCCCAAAUAAACCUGAGCGGACUAUUCCAGAAUAUUUUACUAUCUAUCACUACAAUGGAUUGAAAAGAUCUUGUCCAAAUAGACAGGUUGCGUACAUUGAGGGGAGAGCCUCCAUACCCGAUCCUAGUGACUUGACGUGUUUGAGUGACGCAACCCCCAUCAAAUGCUGUCUAAGAACCAAAUGGCCCACCUGCGAGGUUGACUGGAAAGACAACGCAAACCCAUCAAUUAUCUGAGAUUUUAAUCAGGUGCCAAUUCCAUCCAACUGCUAUUAACCAGUUUGCUUUCGAGAAAGAAAAAACCUGCUCAGGGCUAAAAUGUUUUAGGAAAGUCCACAAGACCACUGUUGAUAUAUACGCCACCAACACUCACAGAAACUCAAAUACCAGCCUUUAAACCCACCGCUGUGUGUUGCAAAUAAGAUGUUUACCUGCUGUUGUGUCCUUCGAAGCCAACUGCUUAAAGGCAGUGGACACUAUUGGUAAUUACUCAAAAUAAUUAUUAGCAUAAAACCUUUC